AGCAGUGAGCGGCCUUGACUAAAAAGGGCAAUGCCGGAAUUGGGAAAGACUGAUGGAGAGGACCAUGUGCUUUGUAAAUGGGUGCAGCUUGCACAGUAGUAGAGUCAAUGGGAGAUGAUGAGAUGGGAAGGAAGAAAGCUUAACCCUCACUGUGAAGAAAGAAAGAUGGCGUUCACUAAUUGAGCUUGAGAAUAAAGAGGAAACGCAGUUUUCUUCCCUGCAAUUUCAGCCAGGUGCCUGUAACAAUCUUUAGAUCCUUUGUUUGUACCCUAUUCUGGUGCUGUAUUUUCGUCUCAUCCGUUAGAAAAAGGUGGCCAUUUUUCACGUGUUAGAGGAGAACUUUGUCUAAAAUUUUAUGUUACUGAUGAUCGAGCUGUAAUGUCUCCUAUGCAAAUACCUACAGUAGAAAGCUCCCCCAUUAAGGAGCCCAACUCGAAUCAAGCACAGGCCCAAACAACUCUGCAUUCAGCUACAAAAACUUCUUCGGAUGAUGAAAGUGUCACCCAGGGUGGUGCAAAGACCUAUAAUCUUGUGGAACGGAUAUAUUUUCUCUAUGUAAGAGUUGUCAAGGCUCGUGAUCUUCCGAUGAUAAAUUUUAUUGGGAGUAUUGAUCCAUUUGUUGAGGUGAACAUUGGAAAGUACAGAGGAUUUACGGAGCACUUAGAGAAUAAACUAGAUCCUGAAUGGAACCAAGUGUUUGCCUUUUCGAGGGAACGGAUGCAAGCUUUUGAACUAGAUGUGGUGAUCAAGCACAAGGAUCUGGUUAAAGAUGAUUUGGUUGGCAAUGUCAGGUUUGACAUUAAUGAGGUUCCUUUGAUACUAUCUCCAGAAAUUUCUCUGGCUCCAGAGUGGUACCAACUUGAGGAUAAGAAUGGGGAUAAGAUAAAAGGUGAGUUGAUGCUUGCAGUUUGGAUUGGCACACAAGCAGAUAAGGCUUUUCCUGAUGCAUGGCAUGCAGAUGCUGCAACACCUUUUGGUUGUACCCCUUUUGUCGCAAGAGCGGUUUGUUCAAAAGUCUAUCAUGCACCAAGACUGUGGUAUUUGCGUGUUAAUGUUAUUGAGGGACAAGAUUUGUUCCCCACAAAGGAGGAUCAGUUACCAAAUAUCUUUGUUAAAAUAAAAUUAGAAAACUCAGUUUUGAGGACAAGGAAAUGCCAAGUUCGAACUUCUAACCCCAUCUGGAAUGAAGAUCUAUUAUUUGUUGCUGCUGAACCCUUUGAAGAUCAUCUGGUCCUUUCAGUUGAGGAUAAUGUGGCUUCAGGGAAAGAUGAGAUAAUUGGGAGGGUCAUAAUACCAUUGAAUUCUGUGGAGAUGCGUGCUGACUAUCGAAAUAUUAAUUCCUGUUGGUACAAGCUUGAAAGGCCCGUUUCUGUGAAUGGAGAUCAGUUGAAGAAAGAGAAGUUCUUUAGUCGCAUACAUCUUCGAGUCUGUCUAGAGGGAGGAUACCAUGUCCUUGAUGAGUCGCCUUAUUACAGCAGUGAUCUCCGUCCCCCUGCAAGACAACUUUGGCAGCCAUCCAUUGGCUUCUUGGAACUUGGCAUACUAAAUGCUGAAGGGCUAGUUCCCAUGAAAACACGGGAUGGGAGGGGCACGUCCGACACAUACUGUGUGGCAAAAUAUGGUCACAAAUGGGUUCGGACACGCACUAUUGCUGGCAACCUGUGUCCUAUUUUCAACGAACAGUACACUUGGGAAGUUUAUGACAUGGCCACAGUCCUCACUGUCGGUGUGUUUGAGAACAACCAGCUGCUUGAGGGGAAAAAUAAUACUAAGGAUCAUAAGAUUGGGAAAGUUCGAAUUCGACUCUCUACACUCGAAGCUGGCAGAGUUUAUAGACACUCGUAUCCCUUGCUGGUUAUCCAUUCUACUGGAGUUAAAAAGAUGGGGGAACUGCAUCUGGCUAUUCGAGUUCCGUGUACGAGUUUUGUGAACAUGCUCUAUCAAUACUCCAGACCACUGUUGCCGAAAAUGCAUUACAAGAGACCCUUGACUGUGAUGCAACAGGAUACGCUGCGCAACCAAGCUCUCAGCACGGUGGCAAUGCGAUUAGCUCAAGCAGAGCCACCACUCCGGAAGGAAGUUGUGGAGAACAUGUGCUCGAUAGAAUCACAUUAUUGGAGCAUGCGCAGAAGCAAGGCAAAUUUUUUCAGGCUAAUGUCAGUUUUCUCAGGAUUAAUUGCUGUUGGAAAGUGGUUCGAGUAUGUUUGCAAGUGGAGAAAUCCAAUUACCACAGUGCUUAUUCAUGUCCUCUAUCUUAUGUUAGCUUGCUUUCCAGCACUGAUCUUGCCCGCGCUUUUCCUUUACAUUUUUCUAAAAGGGAUAUGGAACUACCGCUUUCGGCCGAGGUAUCCUCUCCCCAUGAACACAAGGAUUUCAUAUGCUGAGUCAGCAGAUCCUGACGAACUGGAUGAAGAAUUUGACACAUUCCCGACUAGCCGAAGUUCAGAUCUGGUUAGAAUGAGGUACGAUAGGCUUCGAAGUGUUGCUGGUAGGAUUCAAACUGUUGUUGGUGACUUUGCGACACAAGGGGAGAGAUUCCAAGCACUGUUAAGCUGGCGAGAUCCACGAGCCACUGCCAUCUUUGUUGUAUUUUCCCUUACUGUGACACUCGUGUUCUCACUAGUAAAACUACAGGUGAUAGCUGCUUUGGCAGGGUUUUAUGUGAUGAGGCAUCCAAUAUUCCGCGAUAGUCUGCCAUCGAUUCCCCUUAAUUUUUUCCGCCGCAUUCCUACUAGAGCAGAUAGUUUGCUGUAAGCUAGAAGUGAUCAAAGUUUGUAAUUGCUUGCUCCCAGCUUCUUCUUUUUUUUGUGAUUACCCCUUUUCUUUCCUUCCUCUUGUAUCUGUUAUCAAGCUGUUACUGAACUUUAUGGUAUAUAAGCUGUAUGUGUUGUAUUUGUAUUUGUCCUUAAUGAGAAUAAUUAAGUAAUGAUUGUGAUUUAAUAUUAA